AUGUCGUUUAACUUCGACUCAGUCAAUAAGUACUUCUCUGAUCGCCGGAUUCAGCUCAAACCGGAAUGGCUUCGAACUUGUCUGAAAUUCCUCCUAAAGCACAAGGUAUGAUUUACAUUUUUCUUGUUGGUUUUUUUACAUUUUUCAACGGACCUUUAAAUUAUUUUUGGUUUUGAUUUUUAGGUGUCCGCAAAAGACAUGAACAGUGCCGUGUACGAUCAAUGGUUACAUACAGACCUCAAAGAGUCCACCAAGCCAUCAUUCCAGCCGCCAGUCGGCAAAGUCUUCACAGGGUUUGCUGUUUUACAGGUAGUUUCUUCAUUUUUUAUCUUAUCCUUUAGGGUUCUGAUGGCAAAUUUUAUUUUGAGUAUAACUCAACUUAGAGGCUGCUCAGACAGUUGAGUCAGCCUGUGAUAGAAAGCUUGUAUCUUCCACUUGCUCAGAAUUAUAUUUGCAUAAAUUUCAGGUUGAAUCCAUAUUGAAUAUAACCAAGCCUUUUUAUGGUCAAUUGCGGGAGAUGGAGAGGAACCAAAACACCGACCUUGAUAUCGGUGCCGAAGCGGAUGACAAGCUUGCCACGACUCAUUGGGACAGAAAGGUAUGUUUGAUAUUUUUACAUUCUUUGAGCUUCAUAUUUUAGGCUCCGAAGCGUAUGUUGAAGUUCACCUUGUCUGAUGGAGUCAAAACGAUAAAAGCAAUCGAACAUAUAUCUAAUCCUCAAAUCCUGCCCACGUUGCAGCCAGGAGCAAAGGUACGGAUUUUUUGACUGCAAGGCUUUAGUAUUUUUUUCAAAAUUUAGGUUGUUGUGACUAGAUGCCAAUGUCGAGAUCAGAUUCUUCUCUUAACCCCUCGAAAUUGCCAAUUUUUGGAUGGAUACGUCCCAAGAUUAGUUGAAAAGAAUAAUCCAAAGGCUUUGAUCAAGCGGAUGCCAUUUUUACAAGGUCAAAAUGGCACCAAUAAUGUUACAGUACCUAAAACAAAUCAGCUAACUGUUGUGCAGAACGAUCGGAAGCGAAAGAUCGACGAUGUGACGAUUAACCGCCCCAGUACCAGUGGUGUGACGGCAAAUCCGGCCAGCCGAGGGCCUGUGAAUCUCUCGGCGCAGCUAAAUACGGCAAGAACAAGUGCUGCGUCAACGGGCGGGCCAGUCAAUUUGUCAGCUCAACUAAAUGCACCAAGAGCAACAACAACUCGAGAUACUGGUCCUGGACCAAGCACCAGUGGAUAUAGACCUCAAAUUGUGAUUGAGCCGGUAAGUCGGACCUCAUGGGUAAUAUAACGAAUUUAUGGAUUUUUAUUUAUGUAAAUUUGGUUGUUGCUUGAUCAGGAUUGAAGCUACAGGCAUUUUAAAUGAUGUAUUUUUCAGAAACGACCGCAAAUGCAAGUUCAAAUCAACCGCCGCCCCUCCAUUCCACCCUCAACUAGACCAACAACAACUUCAACUACUCCUCAACAACCCAACGAACCGGUGUGUCUCUCGAUGCAGCUGAACAACCGGGCAAAGAAGACUACCACCGCCGCCCCAACAUCUGAUUCUCGACCAACAACAACACCGAUCUCCGUCCAAAUCAAUAAUCUCAAAAGAAGCUCCUCAACUACAAGACAAAUACCUCAAAACCUGCCGGAAUCAAGUCGAAUGCCCGAAGCCACCAGAUUGAGCAUGAAAGAGAUGUUGAAGACCCCACAUGGAACGAAUUUGACAAUGGACAACUUUGCCAUCCCAACGAAUUUGGAUGUUUCGAGGGAGCAAGUGAAGGAGCCGAUGAGAGUCGAUCCAAAGCCUGAUCCCCCAAGACCGGCAGUGGUGGUGACUCCGCAGAAAGUGGACAAUAAACCGGCGGUUUUAAAGGUGAGCUAAGUUUUUUGUUGAGGGAACUAUUUUUAUUCGUACAGUGACGGACCUGAUUCAUUGCAGAAACCGUACCAUUUUGCAUCCGUGAAGUAUCAAAAAUGUGGCAAAAUGCCUCCCUCUCCAAGUGAAAAAAAACUCCUUUUUGAAGCGCCCUUCCCCUCACAAAAAGAAGGCUUUUGAAAUCGAGGUUUUUUUCACUUGGAAAGGGAGGUAUUUUGCCACAUUUUUUGAUACUUCCCGGAUGCAAAAUGGUACGUUUUUGCCACUGGAUCAGGUCCGCCACUGUAAAUUCGAGGAGAAAUUUGAAAUGGAUUCUUUGGCGCUACGAUUUUUCGAGUCAGCAGUUCGGGUCAACGAUACUAUCGAUCGCCUCGAUUCGUUGUUGUAUGCAUGGGAGAGGCUAGAAGAAGGCUUAUUAGAAAUAAUAAGAUUGAUCGGUUCCUAAGAUAGCUUAUCACUUAUUUUGAGGUAUUUUACAUGUACUCACAUCAAUAAUAUCUAGCUAAAAGUUAUGGAUUUUAGUUUUUUUUUCACGAAUUUUGGUCUUUUAUGUUUUACAAUAACUCAGGGUAAAGAAAACUAGCGUUAAUAAUAGCUAAAGUUAGAAAAAAAUGGACAUAUUGCAAGUCUUUGCCAAGUCUCCGCUGAGCCUUCGCCGAGAUUCCGCUGAUUAUCCAACGGCUUUGCUAGGCCUUUUAGGCACUUCCUACAACGUUUUGUUGGGUAUCCACCUGCUCUACACCUAAAUUUCAGACCACUCCUCUUUCAACCAGCUCCAAAGUCAACACUCCAACAUCGGCCAACUCAACACGUAGUUCGAUCGCGCAAUGCGGAAAGGAAUUUCCAUUCUCGUGUGAUCAUUGUGAUAUCGGCUUCAAAGACCGGAUUCUGUAUCAAAUUCACAUGGGCCUUCAUGGAUUCAAGGAACCGCUGACAUGUAACAAAUGUGGCCACGAAGCAGCAACAGCUCUAGACUUUAAUUUACAUUUUUAUGACCAUUAG